CCGUCUUCCCUUUCCCUUUCGACGCAACUGCCCUUCUCCCCUCGGCUCUUCUCCCAAAUUCCAAAGUCCCAACUGUCGUUCAAACCCUAACCUAACUCUCCUUCCCUUCCCUCCGCCCUUCGAUCCCCCGUUGCCUCUUCCCGUGAACGCGCGCUCAGAGACUAUCAGCUAGAAUUUCGGCUCUAUACUCUUAUUAAGCUGCUGUAAGGUUGUUCUAAUGGCAAGUCCUGAAGAAGGACGUCGGAAUGAAGCAAUGGCUUCAGUCUCGGAGGCAGCUAGUUUAGGUCAGGUGGAAGAGACUUCGCCGGAUUUGUUGAAGAACACUCCUUCUAACAUAGCCAGAUUGGAAGAUAUGAUUGAACACUGCAAGGGUCGGCAGAAGUAUCUUGCACAGACAAAGAGCCCAUCUGAUGGGGAGGAUGUCCGUUGGUACUUCUGCAAAGUGCCCCUAGCAGAGAAAGAGCUUGCAGCUUCAGUUCCUCAAACAGAAAUAGUGGGAAAAAGUGAUUAUUUCCGAUUUAGUAUGAGAGACUCCCUUGCACUGGAGGCUUCUUUUUUACAGAGGGAAGAGGAGCUACUUGCACAUUGGUGGAGAGAAUAUGCAGAAUGCAGUGCAGGUCCAAGUGGACCUUGUUCGGCUAGUAUGACUACUGGCUCUGGAUCCGAUGAUCUAUAUGUGGUCGAGGAAGAGAGGGUUGGCGUCCCUGUAAAGGGUGGCCUUUAUGAGGUAGAUCUAACUAAGCGCCACUGCUUCCCAGUUUAUUGGCAUGGUGAAAACAGACGUGUCUUGAGAGGCCACUGGUUUGCUCGUAAAGGUGGCCUUGAUUGGCUUCCCCUACGUGAAGAUGUUGCAGAACAAUUGGAGUUGGCUUACCGCUGUCGGGUUUGGCAUCGCCGGACAUAUCAACCUUCAGGCCUUUUUGCUGCCCGUGUUGAUCUGCAAGGCACCACACAGGGAUUGCAUGCUCUUUUCACAGGAGUGGAUGAUACUUGGGAGGCUUGGUUAGUCUCUGAUAACUCUAGUUUUACUCUUAAUGCGGGAAGAGGAAAUGGUGUUAAACUAAGACGUGGUUUUUCACCUUCUGGAUCUCUGAAGCCAACACAGGAUGAAUUGCGCCAGCAAAAAGAGGAGGAGAUGGAUGAUUAUUGUUCUCAGGUGCCAGUCGGUCACCUAGUUUUUAUGGUUCAUGGUAUCGGACAGAGGUUAGAGAAAGCUAAUUUAGUUGAUGAUGUUGGUGAUUUUCGUUGUAUAACAGCAAGUCUAGCUGAAAGGCACUUAACUCCAUACCAGAGAAGCACCCAGAGGGUCCUCUUUAUUCCUUGCCAGUGGAGAAGGGGUUUGAAGCUCAGUGGUGAGAGUGCAGUUGAAAAGAUCACCUUGGAUGGUGUUCGAGGUCUGCGUGUAACCUUGAGUGCUACAGUUCAUGAUGUUCUAUACUACAUGAGCCCAAUAUAUUGUCAAGAUAUAAUUGAUUCGGUUUCAAACCAGUUAAACAGAUUAUAUACGAAGUUCCUCAAAAGAAACCCGGGCUACGAUGGGAAGGUUUCCAUAUAUGGUCACUCGUUAGGAAGUGUACUGUCUUAUGAUAUCCUUUGUCAUCAAGAAUGCUUGUCUUCACCUUUUCCUAUGGAGUCUGUUUACAUGGAACGGAUACCAGAACAAGAGUCCGAAGCUGAUGCCUCCUGCCAAGCUUUUGCCAUGACUUCUCAAAAUAACAACAAUAACAUAAAUGGUGCAGAUUUGGAGCAGCUGGCAUGUACAGCUGUGGAAAGCAGUUCUAUGUUACAUUCAUAUAUCAUGGUUAAUGAACCUAAUUCUCAAGACUUUUCAGCAGACUUGUUAGAGGAUUCCUCGAAUGGUAGUGGCUUUCUCUAUCCUAAAGAGCAGUCUGAUGAUUCCACUGGACUAAAUAUAACUGAAAAGCUAGAUAAUGAUAUGUUGGUCUCUGAGGAAGCUGGAAAAGAGUUCUGUCAGCGUUCUGGAGCAACAUUAAAUGCAGAAGAAAGAGAUUCUAAUGCAAGUCCAACCACAGGCAGUGGAGAUUAUGAAGGUGAUGCAAUUGGAUUUGCUGGAAUGAUGUCUAAAGAUAUAAUUGAUAAGGACAAAUUAAUCUCCUUGUUGGAGGAAGAGGUGAAGGCUCUUAAAGCAAGGAUUGCAGAACUUGAACAUGAUCGUUCCCUGACAACUUACACUAAUCGUGAGGAAAUUGACAGCUGUGAAUUUGAUCAAGCAGGAAAAGAGGUUAAAUCGACAACUAAAAAAUCCUCUCAUAACAAUCUCUCUACGGAGAAAGAUGACAAAAGGAACUAUACGCCUUAUGUUAAAUACACUAAGCUAGAUUUCAAGGUUGAUACAUUCUUUGCUGUCGGAUCACCUCUUGGAGUUUUUCUUGCCCUUCGGAAUAUCCGCAUAGGAAUAGGCAGGGGGCAAGAUUAUUGGCAAGAUGAAAAAAUAUCUGAAGAGAUGCCAUCUUGCAGGCAGAUGUUUAACAUUUUCCAUCCCUUUGAUCCUGUGGCUUACAGACUAGAACCACUUAUCUGCAAAGAAUACAUCAGCAAGCGCCCUGUUAUUAUACCCUAUCACAGGGGUGGGAAGAGGUUGCAUAUUGGAUUUCAGGAAUUCACUGAAGAUAUAGCUGCACGUUGUGAAGCUAUAGGGAGUCACUUAAACUCUUUGAGGGUUAAAGUGGUUAAUGUUUUUCACUCAGGAGACAAGGAUAACAUGGACGAAGCGAAGGAGGAUGCCAAAGAAAAAGAAAGAUCAUAUGGCUCCAUUAUGAUUGAAAGAUUGACAGGCAGUGAAGGUGGUCGAAUUGACCAUGUUCUCCAGGACAAAACAUUUCGGCAUCCCUACAUAUCAGCUUUGGGAUCACAUACUAAUUAUUGGCGGGAUUAUGACACUGCACUCUUCAUUCUCAAACAUCUCUAUCGUGAUAUACCUGAAGAGCCCCCAACAACUGAACAAUCAAGUAGUGGAUCGGGUUCCAGAACUCAAAGAAGGGCCAUUAAACUAUUUUAUGACAGGGAAGCUAUCGAUGAAGAUACUCCAUUGACAUUCUCUGAUGAUUUACGGAUUAGGGAAUUUUCUAGGAAAGCAAAAAAGAUCAUGAAUGCCACAUGAUGACUUUGAAGUCUUUUGUUGCCACAACAUAGGGAUCACAUUACAUGGAAUCAUACCCGGUCCCUGGGGAGCUUGUUUGUGUUGGAGCCGAUUGCUAAUACCUGUGUACAUUUAGUUUGUUUUUUUGGAUGAAGGUGUACAUUUAGUUUGUAUAUAGACCUGUACUUUAACAUGUAAAUCAAAUAUAAAAAUAGGAUGGCAUUCUACAUUUUGUUCGGACCUCAUUGUAUAUAUUGGGAGGUCGUUUUUCUCACCUUCACCUGUAAGGGAAAGAGAGCCAUCAAUGCACUUUCUUCUCUGUUGAAUUCAAUCCAAAAGCUAAAGCUAUUAGGAGGACUAAUAAAGGCUACUAAAUCCAAGUAGCAUCCUUUUUAUUA